AUGGCUUCAACAAAGAAGAUCACUCUUAAGAGUUCUGAUGGAGAGGCAUUUGAGGUUGACGAAGCUGUUGCUUUGGAAUCGCAAACCAUCAAACACAUGAUUGAAGAUGAUUGUGCUGAUAGUGGAAUCCCUCUUCCGAAUGUCACUAGCAAGAUUUUGGCUAAGGUCAUUGAAUUCUGCAAGAAACAUGUUGAUGCUGCGGCUGCUGAUGAUAAGCCUAGUGAAGAUGAGCUUAAAGCUUGGGAUGCUGACUUUGUUAAGGUUGAUCAGGUCACCCUGUUUGAUCUCAUAUUGGCUGCUAACUAUUUAAACAUCAAGAACCUUCUUGAUCUUACAUGCCAGACUGUAGCAGACAUGAUCAAGGGAAAGACACCCGAGGAGAUCCGCAGGACCUUCAACAUUAAGAAUGACUUCACUCCUGAGGAAGAGGAGGAAGUUCGUCGUGAAAACCAGUGGGCUUUUGAGUGA